AUGGCCUACGCAUCCUUCACCAUCACCCAGCCAUUCCUCGGCGCUCCGCUGCAAUUCUCUCCAGCGCUCGGCUCGCAGGAACUCGAGCAGCUAAUCGAUGCCUAUGUCGUUGGUCCAGCGGCCAAGUCAGACAAGCUCUCUGAGGUCACCAUUGAAUUCUACAACCAUGCCACCGUGGAUCUAGCCACCGGUGCUCUGGUCCGCAGAUACGACGUCUUCCCCUCGUCCCCAUCUUCUAGCUUCAGCCCAACAGCCUACACCCCCAGCCCAUCCUCCUGCUCAGCUACCCCCGGAGACUCCGGCUAUGGCUCCAUCAUUGAGAUGGCCACGCCUCCAACUGGCUCCGUAAAAGGUGCACGGGUUUCCAAGAAGCAACCCCCCCUGUCAAAGUCAAAGAAGGAGACCAAGAAGACCGCUGAGAUCAAACUCCCCGGCUUCACCAUCAUGACGAAGGACGGUGUAGACGUGACGAACUCCGCUGCAAAGGGUACCAAGACCCGGGAGCAGAGGGAGCAUGCGCAUUUGAUGAGGAUCAUGAAGGCAUGUGACGCGUGCAAGAAGAAGAAGGUUCGAUGUGAUCCAAGCCACCGUCAGGGAAAGCAUCAUGCCGCCUCAGUAUCAGGCUCUGCGACGAAGAAGUCCAAAAGUGCUUCAGCGAGUAGUAGCUGGAGAGCUCCUAGCCCAAAAGUCUCAAUACCACCACUGUCGCAGGAGACAACGCUCGAUUCUUCACAGGACAGCAUCAUGCCCUCCUUCGAUUCCGCCCUCGACGAUUUCAUCCUCUUCCCCGCAGAUGCUAUGUCCUGGGACGCAGCAGACAUGUCUUUCGCCUCAGAUGACAUCUCAGCAGCCGACGACUUGAACCAGUUCAAUUUCGACAUCUCCGACUUCCCAGUCUCGAGCGUUGUCGAUCAGCCAUUUGAGGAUUUCUCCUUCUCCCAAAACCAGAUCCAAAGUCCUUGGUAUUUCGAAGAUGUUGGACAUCUCGAUGCGCCCGAGUAUGGCCUAAGGGCCGAGGCGGCGAAAAAUCACAACCCGCUACAACAACCUUUCUCCACCGUUCCUGGUGGUGACCUAAGCCACUUCGACCUAGACAUUAAUGUCGACUUCCGACUUCCAACACUAAAUGAUGGGGGCGUGGAUUAUCAAUCCUUGGAUAAUUCCCUCUCUAGACCAACCCAACACCAACAUCACAGUCCCGAUUCGUUCACCAACUUGCAACUAGUAGGUGGUUACGAUUCGCGGAUGAUGGAGGGAGACGUAGGGGUGGAUGGAGGGAUGGACGGCCACGAUGGGUUGGAGCAAAUUGCAAAGGACCACAGGGCCAUUGCGAGAUCGCGGGAAUCACAUGCACCUCAAAAUUCGUCACCGAUUUCCCUGGAUAUCACUCGCUUCAAGACCCAACAACCAAGCCUGACAUCAAGCUCAAGCUUGCUGUCGUCGAAAUCGCCGGCGGCGAACACGCCAGCACCAAGCUUAUCAUCACUUUCACCAAGCUCGACAUCUACCUCAGAUUCCGGUCUAAUGGCCUUGCAAUCUAUGAGUGUGAGACAUCGGCAGAGUUUGAGUUCAGGGACAUUAUAUGAUUCAGCACUGGAUUCUGCUAUUGUUGCCCGUGCGACACGAGGAGCCCAUGCUCAUGGGGACUGGAAUCAGGCCUACAUGAAUGGUUGGACGGUGUUCAGACAAGCGCCCUUGAUACUUCCCUGA